AGUUUCUCAUCGCCAACGCCCAGAUGGAGAAUUGCACCAUCAUCUACUGCAACGAUGGCUUCUGCGAGAUGUUCGGCUACUCCCGCGUGGAGGUGAUGCAGCGACCCUGCACCUGCGACUUCCUCACCGGCCCCGACACCACCAAGAGCUCCAUCGCGCAGCUCACCCAGGCCCUGCUCGGCUCCGAGGAGUGCAAGCUCGAGAUCCUCUACUACCGCAAAGACACCUCGUGUUUCCGCUGCCUGGUGGACGUGGUGCCGGUGAAGAAUGAGGACGGCGUCGUCAUCAUGUUCAUCCUCAACUUCGAGGACCUGGCGCAGCUCAUCGCCAAGAGCGCCAGCCGGAGCCUGCACCAGCGGCUGUCGCAGAGCUGGCGCGGAGAGGCUUCCCACGUCAAACCCAACCCCCCAAACUCCACCUCGGACUCAGACCUCAUGAAGUACCGGACCAUCAGCCAGAUCCCCCAGUUCACGCUCAACUUCGUGGAGUUCAACCUGGAGAAGCACCGCUCAGGCUCCACCACGGAGAUCGAGAUAAUUGCUCCCCACAAGGUGAUGGAGCGCACCCAGAAUGUCACCGAGAAGGUCACACAGGUGCUGUCCCUGGGUGCUGACGUCCUUCCCGAGUACAAGCUGCAGGCACCACGCAUCCACCGAUGGACCAUCCUGCACUACAGUCCCUUCAAGGCUGUGUGGGACUGGCUCAUCCUUCUGCUGGUCAUCUACACAGCUGUCUUCACCCCCUACUCGGCUGCCUUCCUGCUCAAUGAGGAGCAGGUGGAGGAGAAGCACUGGGACUGCAGCUAUUCCUGUGACCCACUCAACAUCAUUGACCUCAUUGUGGACAUCAUGUUCAUCGUGGACAUUGUCAUCAACUUCCGUACCACCUACGUCAACAUCAACGACGAGGUGGUGAGCCACCCUGGCAAGAUUGCCAUCCACUAUUUCAAGGGAUGGUUCCUCAUCGACAUGGUCGCCGCCAUCCCCUUUGACCUGCUCAUCUUCCGCUCUGGCUCUGAUGAGACCACCACCCUCAUUGGCCUCCUGAAGACCGCCCGGUUGCUGCGCCUGGUCCGCGUGGCCCGCAAGCUGGACCGCUACUCCGAGUAUGGAGCAGCCGUGCUCUUCCUGCUCAUGUGCACCUUUGCCCUCAUCGCCCACUGGCUGGCCUGCAUCUGGUAUGCCAUCGGCAAUGUGGAGAGGCCCUACAUGGAGCACAAGAUCGGCUGGCUGGACAACCUGGGUGACCAGAUCGGCAAGCGCUACAACGACAGCGACCUCUCCUCUGGCCCGUCCAUCAAGGAUAAAUACGUCACUGCCCUCUACUUCACCUUCAGCAGCCUCACCAGCGUGGGGUUUGGCAACGUCUCACCCAACACCAACUCCGAGAAGAUCUUCUCCAUCUGUGUCAUGCUUAUUGGCUCUCUGAUGUACGCCAGCAUCUUCGGCAACGUCUCCGCCAUCAUCCAGCGCCUGUACUCAGGCACAGCCCGCUACCACACACAGAUGCUGCGGGUUAAGGAGUUCAUCCGCUUCCAUCAGAUCCCCAACCCCCUGCGCCAGCGCCUGGAGGAGUAUUUCCAGCAUGCCUGGUCCUACACCAACGGCAUCGACAUGAAUGCGGUGCUGAAGGGCUUCCCUGACUGCCUGCAGGCAGACAUCUGCCUCCACCUCAACCGCACACUGCUCCAGAACUGCAAGGCUUUCCGAGGAGCCAGCAAAGGCUGCCUACGCGCCCUGGCCAUGAAGUUCAAGACGACUCAUGCGCCGCCCGGAGACACCCUGGUGCACUAUGGAGAUGUCCUCACCACACUCUACUUCAUCUCCAGGGGCUCCAUUGAGAUCCUCCGGGAAGACAUUGUGGUGGCCAUCUUAGGGAAGAACGACAUCUUUGGGGAGCCCAUCAGCCUCUAUGCCCGCCCAGGGAAGUCCAAUGCUGACGUGAGGGCCCUGACCUACUGUGACUUGCACAAGAUCCAGCGGGAGGACCUGCUGGAGGUCUUGGACAUGUACCCAGCCUUCUCUGACAACUUCUGGAGCAACUUAGAGAUCACCUUUAACCUGCGAGAUGCAGACAGCAUUCCCCGCUCACCACUCAGCGAGGAGUAUGACUGCACCUACCGGCGGGCACGCCGACGCAAGCAUUCCCUUUGCCAGCCCAACAAGCCUGACCCAGACGCGGGCAUCUCUGAUGCAGAGCAGUAUCACACCUACUCAGAGCUCACCAACCCGCAGGACCCGCUGAGUAAGGACCAGUGGGACGACCUGGGCAGCAGCACCACUCCCUGCUCCCAGACCAGUGAUGACGAGGCCAAGACUGGCAGCCCUACGAAAGCUGAGCCCUUCCCCACAUCCAAAAAGGAUGACUUUGCUUUGCCCGCGCUCAGCCUUGUCACCACCAACGCCAGCGGCACAGAGGUCAGCAAGCAGGCAGCGGAGAGCAGCCAGUCCUACGCAGACACCCCCCUGGACAUCCCCAAUAUGUUCACCUUCUGGGAGGACCGAAGGCCGAACCACCACCCGGAGCCUUUGCAACACAUGUCCUUGGUACACAGCUCACGGGACAUCCCCCUGCACAGCGACUACAGACCAGGGCAGAUCGAGUCCAGGCUGGAGCUCCUGCAGGCCCAGCUCAGCAGGCUGGAGUCCAGGAUGUCGUCAGACAUUAAUAUAAUCCUCCAGCUCCUGCAGCGCCAGCUGUCCCAAGUGCCGCCCGCAUACAGCCCCAUCUCGCCGUCCUCCCACAACCUGGCGAUGUACGGCAUCCUCCCGCGGAGCCUGGAGCCGCUCACCCCCUGCACACCCCUGGAGGACGAGGAGACGAUGACCCCGGAGCAGAGCCCAAGCUACACGGAGGUAGAAAAGUUCCACUUGAAAUCCAGGGACUCCUUGUCAAGUGGGAUGCACCUCGCUGUGGCAUCUGAUGAAACCAUGACGGUCUACUCUGAGCAGGAGCACCAUUCCCCACCUCUCCCGAACCCAGAGCCUCCCCACCAAAGGGCAGCAAAUACCCAGGGACUCUUCUGGGGCUCUCGUUUCCCUUCCCUCCCUGAGCACUUGGAGGCAUCUUCCGAGCACCAGGACAUUCAGAGACACCUCUCCGACCCAGUGCUUCCUGGAAGUUAGAGGUGUGGGGGCUGCGAAGCAAGUCAAGAGGAACCUCAACUGCGAGCUCGGACAGUUGAUGUUGAUUUUGACUGCAAGGGUAAGACAGAGGACAAUGCCAUUGGCUCAGGGGUAUAAUUUAUAGCUGUCUUCUGCCACCGUGAAAGGAAGCGUAGAGUGGCUGGCUUCCAAGGUCAACGUUUUCCAGCAGUUCCCAUAGAGUAGAUUUCAUUUGCCCAUUAUAGUGAACCCAGAGCAGUUCUUUCUUACGGCCACCAACAAGCUGGCUAGGCCAAACGGUACCCACCGCCUCUUCCUUGCCAAGGCUUCCUCUCGAGAACAGCGCAAGCCAAGUGAGCCACAGCAACCGGAGGACAGCAAAUCCACAGCCCUUAGCUGUGAGGCCACUUUGCUGUCAGCUCUUUGGAGCAGGGACCAUUGCAUUGGUACUGGGCUUAGUCCAGCGGAGCCUGUGGGCAUUACAGAAAGGGUAGUCACCAGAGGAGGAGGAGGAGAUCUCCACAGUGUGGCACUGGGGGGAGCUGCAGGUGGGAAGCCCAGGACAAGGACCGAGGACAGAAGCUAUCCUUGUCCUACUUGACUGCCACUGAGAAACUAAGGGCCAACAGCUCCUGCCACUUCAGCAUGCUUCAGCACGAGUCCUAGGGCACUGACUUCUCCAGCAAGGCUGAUCGCGCCUUGCAAACCCCAACACACAUGCCACAACUCCCCAGAUAAACCUAACUGGUCACCGGCCUGGGCAUAAAGCACAAAACUCAAAAGCACAAUCCUGGAAAGCCGAAAAGCCCCAGACACCUCAUCUCCAGCCCUUCCUCCCAGCUUCUCUCUUUUGAUAAAGGUUUGAUAGAUGCUUCCUCCUCCCCAGCCCUUUCCCCGGCAAACUCCCACAGCAUCCCCCGUAGGAGAAGCCCACUUAGCACUGCCGCCUUGCCAUUCGGUUAGAUGCUGUGACAGUCCUAGGCCGCCUGCUCAAGUAAUGUAUCGAGCUCCCUUUGAGAGUAGUAAAACUGUGAGCAUCUCUUUCUCUGGAGUUUUAGUGUACACUUUGCUAAUAAAGAUGUUUUUGGCACCU